AUGAAUAAAUCAGUACACUCUACUAAACUCAGCAAUGGUUAAAUCAUGCCAUUAAUUGGAUUAGGAACUUUUUUACUAAAUAGUAAAGACGAAAUGACUAACUUACUUAGAGCUGCAUUAGAUGCAGGAUAUCGCCAUAUUGAUACUGCAGUCAUUUACUAAAAUGAAGCUAUAAUAGGAUAAGCUCUUUAAAAUAUUUUUUAGGAGGGAAAGUAUAGUAGAAAAGAUCUCUUUAUUGUAAGCAAGGUUUUUCCUAACUAAGGAACCAACAUUCUUGAAUCUGUUAAAAAAUCACUUUAAGAUUUGUAACUUGACUACAUAGAUUUAUAUUAUCUGCAUUUCCCUUUAGGUUUCCCAAAUGAAAAGGGAGAAUUCCAUCACUUACCUGUUCAUGUAGCAUGGGCUUAGCUUGAAGAAGCAAAUAGAUUAGGCUUAGUUAAGUCUAUUGGUGUAUCAAACUUUAAUGUUAUGGCUCUUGUCGAUCUUCUUAGCUAUGCAAAAAUAAAGCCAGUUUCAAACUAGGUUGAAGUCAGUGUUUUUAUACAGCAAAAAAACCUGAUUAAAUUUUGCUAAAAUUAUGGUAUUCAUGUCACUGCCUAUGCACCCUUAGCAAAAUACAACGAUGUUGAGUCAAAUCCUAUUCUUCAAAAGAUUGCUAAAAAGCACAAUGCUUCUAUUUCCUAAGUACUAUUAGGAUUCUUAUUGAACUAAGGACUUUCAGUAAUCCCUAAAACUGAUAAACCUGCUAGAUUGAAACAAAAUUUUGAUUCCAUUCAUGUAAAACUUUCUGAAGAAGAUUUCAAAGAUUUAGAAACCCUUAAUAAGAAUCAAAGAACCAUCGAUCCUUCUACUAUGUAAAUGUGGAAUUAUGUUCCAUUCUUUGACUGA